ACGACCGUGUUUGUAGGUUAAUGAUUCAUAACUGAUUCAUUGAAGAAACCUUUUUAUGAAGAUAAAAAAAAAUACCCUGCACCAGUCAGGAUGGUUUUCUGUUUUUUCCAACAAACUUUAAUCUCUCAUUUUUACCAAAAUCUAACUUUUAGAUUGUUUCAUACUGAAAGGUUAAGGGGUUUGGUGAAAAAUGUUUUGAACUUUAGUCAGAGAAGGUCAUGCUUUCAAUUGAAGUCUCAGUCCUGGGAAAACAGGAUAGUACCUGUAUUCACCAGGGCCAAAGGUUUUGGCAAUAAGAUUGCUGUUGUUGACUCUACUGGAAGACACACAUACCAAGAGCUGUAUAGGUGCAGUGUGGAGCUGGCCAAGAAGAUCUUUAAACUGCUGCCUUGCAUGAAUGGAGAUGUGCAAGGAAAACGCAUUUCCUUUUUAUGCCCAAAUGAUGCUUCUUAUGUGGUGGCUCAGUGGGCCUGCUGGAUGUGUGGUGGAAUAGCUGUGCCUCUAUAUAAAAAACAUCCAGUAACUGAACUUCAGUAUAUCAUUGAGGAUUCACAGAGCUCACUUAUUAUUGAGGGAGGAUCGUGCUCUGGAGUUCUAGAACCUCUUGCUGGAAAAUUGGGUUUGCCUUUCCUAAGCGUCCCUCGGACAUCCUUCCAUAGUUUCAAAGAAGAUACUGACAUUGGGCAUGAAGAUCCAUCUGUUGCUGAUUGGAAAGGGAAACCUGCUAUGAUUAUUUAUACAAGUGGGACAACGGGCAGACCAAAAGGUGUACUGACUACUCAUCAAAACAUCCAGGCAAUGGUUGAGUGCUUGGUAAAUGAAUGGGGGUGGACCAGUGAAGAUGUGAUUCUCCAUACCCUUCCUUUGCAUCAUGUCCAUGGAGUUGUAAAUGCAUUGCUCUGUCCACUGUGGAUUGGUGCCACAUGCAUCAUGUUGCCAGAAUUUCAGCCUGCCAAGGUGUGGGAACACCUCAUAAGCUAUGGCUGCUCAGAAGUACCUAGGGUCAAUGUGUUUAUGGCUGUGCCCACAAUCUAUGCAAAGCUAACUGAAUAUUAUGAUUGCCACUUUAAACAGCCUCAUGUACAGGACUUUGUGCGAGCAGUCUGCAAAGAGAAAAUCAGGCUUAUGGUCUCAGGUUCAGCUGCUUUGCCUGUGCCUGUCCUGGAGAGAUGGGCUCAAAUCACUGGUCAUGUAUUGCUGGAAAGAUAUGGCAUGACAGAGAUAGGUAUGGCUCUAUCAAAUCCGCUGCACGGAAUGCGAGUGCCAGGCUCAGUAGGCACUCCCUUACCAGGAGUGGAGGUACGUAUUACAGUGGAAAAUAUGAAGAAAGAAACUUCCUCCUAUACUAUAAUUGCAGAGGGUAACUGCAGAGGGACAAUGGUAACCCCUGGUUUAACUGAAAAGGAAGGAGAGCUACAGGUUAAAGGUCCUUCCAUAUUCAAGGAAUAUUGGAACAAACCACAGGAAACUAAAAAUUCCUUCACCACAGAUGGGUGGUUCAAAACAGGAGACACAGCUGUUUACAAAGAUGGAGUCUACUGGAUUAUGGGGCGAACUUCAGUGGACAUCAUAAAGAGUGGUGGUUACAAAAUCAGUGCACUAGAAGUGGAACGUCACUUAAUAACACACCCUGAUAUCGCAGAUGUAGCAGUUAUUGGUGCACCGGAUGCUACUUGGGGACAGCGAGUAACCGCUGUGGUGGAGCUUAGACCAGAACGUAGCUUGUCUUUGCUGGAUUUGAAAGCAUGGGCCAGAGAGCGAAUGACUUCAUACAUCAUCCCCACUGAGUUGAUACUUGUGGAAGAAAUGCCUAGAAACCAAAUGGGAAAAGUUAACAAAAAGAAACUGCUCAAGAACUUCUACCCUGGUUAGAAAACACUUCAUGUAACUGAUUAUGUGUAAGUCCUGAUCAGAAUGAAAAGAAGUUUGUGCAACCAUUAUUUGGAGAAGACAAUUUUCAGCUUUGAAGUCAAAUAAAAAUCCUGACACAGCACUCCAGUAAAUGGAAAUCAGAAUAAAACCUGAACUAGUUUAAAAAAUUCAAAUAAGAAACUUUAGUUUAGGAUAACUGAGCCCACUUUGACUUGAAUGCCAAAACAGAAUAUUUAUCAAAGGAGGUAAUUAGAGGUAAUUAAGAGAGAUUGUUUUAUUUAACAACAUAAUGCAAGAUUUCAUUUAGACAGGGAUUUGAUCCCAUUCUAAUUUUUGUCGUGAACAGUUGUCUGUCUGUCUGUCUGUCUGUCUUUCUUUCUUUCUUUCUUUCUUUCUUUCUUUCUUUCUUUCUUUCUUUCUUUCUUUCUUUCUUUCAAAUAACUGCUAAAAUGUAUUUAAAGAGUGAAGUAAACAAAAAAAUAAGCUAUACUGAUGUAUUUUAAUCAACUAAAAUGGUUUUCAUAGUCAAAGUAAUUUAUCUAACAUGUAUUUGAAUUAGUUUUAAACCAAGUAUGUUUUCAUUUUAUAAGCAGCAGCAGUUAAUACAGGUGAAAAUGCUUUUAAACAGGGAUAGAUUUUUUAAUUGCAUUAGUUAUUUUCCUAGGUAAUAGUUACUGUUGACUCCCUGGUUAAAGGGUCUUUGCUGGUAACUUAACUGGAAGGGUGCUGCUUUUGAAUCCCGGCAGUGCCAGAAAGAAUACUAUUCUGUUGGGCCCUUGAGCAAGGCCCUUAAUCUAUAAUUGCUCCGGGGUGCUGAACAAUUGCUGAGCUUGCACUCUAACCCAGAGCUUCUCUCUCCCACUCUGUGUGUCUCUGGAGAGUAAGUUGGGGUACGUGAAAAAUGACAAAUUCUUAAUGCAAGUAAAUGUCUUAAGGCAAAUAAAGUUAAUUAAUAUUUAUUUAAUUAAAUAGUUUAAAAUUAAA